CUGCAGUUGUCCUAGAUCUCCUCUCCUCUUUUCCUCCCGUCUCACUCUAAUACAUAAGAUAAAUAUGCAUUCCCUCUCUAAGAGUCUCCUGCUCGUGCUGGGCAGCAACCUGCUCGCCGUGAGCGCUGCUCCGGUGGCCGAGGGAGCUACCUCGACCACUACCGCUGCUGCCACCACCACCACUGCCCCCGCCAACUAUGGCAACUACGGUGAUUACGGCAACUAUGGUGCCUAUGGCAACUAUCAGAACUACAAGCGGGACGACGAGGAGCCUGCUUCUUCUUGCUCCUCUUCUUCCACCUCCUCCGCCGCUUCCACCACGACGGCCCCGGCCAACUACGGCAACUACGGCAACUAUGGAGACUACGGCAGCUACGGUAACUACCAGAACUAUAAGCGGGAUGCCGAUGCUUCUGCUUCAUCCUCGACUACCACCGCUGCUGCCACUACCACCACCGCCCCCGCCAACUACGGAAACUACGGUAACUACGGCGACUACGGCACCUACGGCAACUACCAGAACUACAAGCGUGACGACCAGCCUGAGGACGAGGCGUGCACGACCACCAGCGCCGCCCCGGCCACCACCACCACCGCUGCCCCCGCCAACUACGGUGACUAUGGCAACUAUGGCAACUACGGUAACUACCAGAACUACAAGCGCGACGACCAGCCCGAGGAGAAGGCCACCUCCACCUCCACCAGCUCGGCCGCCAGCACGACCACCGCCGCCCCCGCCAGCUACGGCGACUACGGCAACUACGGCACUUACGGCAACUAUGGCUCGUACAAGCGCGACGAGCAGCCCGCUGAGGAGGACAAGUCGUCUGCCACUUCGACCGCUACGGCCACCGCUACCGCCGCGGCUGGCUACGGGAACUAUGGAAACUACGGCAACUACGGUAGCUACGGGACUUACCAGCACUACUAAAUUGGCCCAAAGAGGGGGCAGAUGGGAUGUUGGUCUACAGAGUAGCUAGAAGGAGGAACUUAAUUAAGGGUAAGGUGGCUUGGUGGUCGCACAAGGUGUGACAACUACGGAAACGAUGGAAUGACAGCCGAAUAUUUAUGUACACAUCAGCGAGAACCGGGAGCGACUCGGGAGGACGCCGAGAGGUACAUGACACUGUGGAUUUUUCUUUUUCGGUUGUUGGUUUUGUAUUUAGUUUAGAUCGUUCAGAUACGAAUCGUAAUGAUGAGAUAUAAGUCAAGC